GUGGUGCGGUUGUAUUUUGGCGGUUAGACUUUGACAUGGCGAGCGCUAGCGGGAGUAACAUCGGCAGUAGCAGCGGUGAGAUGGCGGGAGGCGAGGAGUCCUCCCUGGCCGAGGGGUCGUCUACCACUCACAUCCCAAAGGUGAAGGUUUUGGACACCGUGGUGGACACUUUUCUUCAGAAGCUAGUGUCUGCCGGGAGUUAUGAGCGAUUUGCCAAGUGCUACAAGCGCUUCUACAAACUCCAGCCUGAAAUGACACGACUAAUUUAUGAGCAGUUUAUAACUCAGUUGCAGACAUCCAUCCGGGAAGAAAUUUCCACAAUUAAGGAAGAAGGGAACCUAGAAGCUGUUUUGAAUUCCCUUGAUAAGAUUGUGGAGGAGGCUGAGGACCGAAAGGAGCCAGCAUGGCGCCCCAGUGGGAUUCCUGAGGAUGAUGUACGCAGCACUCUGAUGCCCUACUUCUUACAGCAGCAGUCAUCCCUGAAGCGACUGGUCCAGGAGCAGGAGAAAGAGAAUGUCAAACUGGCUGAAAUGGUCCUGGAAGGGCGGAAGCAGGUGCUGGAGCUACAGCAACAGAUCCAGGCCCGGAAGCAAGCGUGGCAGGCUCUUAGUAAAAAACAGAGAGAGCUGGCAACAUUGUUGGAAGACCCAGAGUGAGGAGGCCAGUCAGCUGGACCCCAGCCUUCUAAUACUCUCAAGACUCCUUGUCUUUGGCUUUGGAGGGAUCCACAUCAUCUGGACAAAUUAAAUUUAGUGAGAUUCCAAUGGAAGUAAAAUCUACAGGGGCUGAAACUCUGACCUACUUUGGCAGGGGAAGCCAGCUAAGAAGAGGGCUAUAAAAUGCCCACUGAUCCAAGAGUGGUAAAGGGAUCAGUCAGAAACCAAGGAUGCAGGUUAUGGCAGCCUCUUCAUGUGUUUUGGGCUUCUCUGGUGCCAUUCAUCCUGCUCUCCAACUCCACUUGUGCUUUCCUUCUGUUUCCUACUACUUUGGAGUAAGAUGGGAAACAGGUUUUUGCUCAUCUCGUUUAUUCUCAUCUUGGUUUGGAUUUCAAUAUCUCUUUCUUCACUGAGCUCAGCACAGUUUGCCCUCCUCCUCAUGUCCCUCUCAGUCCAGACUGCCCCAGCCACAGAGUUCUUGAAUCCUCUAAUCAUGGAAUCUGUUUCCAAUCUCCCACUGAUUGCUGCCUUGCUGGCCAAGCUGUUGCCCUGUCAUGUUCUCCCCACAUCUGUAAAUAAACUUCCUACACUACACUGCCAUCUUUCCACUCCCAAGAAGUUUGCCCCUGUUGGCCUCAACUGUCUCCGAUUUGCUGUCCUUACGCUAGUCCCCAGGCUAACAUGGAGCAUUUGGAUCCAGGACCUUGAGUUCCUUUUGCAAGUAGGACAGUCUGGCUCCAAAUCAGUUUUCCCAGUCUGUAGAAUCUAGAGCCUCCAGGUCUGGAAGAUAAGAUAGACCUUAACUCUAGUCCUGAUACUAGAACAUCUGGGAUUUCCCCAACCCCCAGUUCUAUCUCAAUGACUGUAGGCAUAGAAUUUUGUCAUUUUGUUUAACCUUGCCCCUCAUCCCACCUUUCUUGUUUUAUGUUUGGGCUAAUUGAGAAUAAAUCUAUUUAACUUA